CCAUGCACUUUCAAUCUCCCUCCAACUUCAACCAAAGAUCCCAAAAGAAAGAGACAGUGUAAUAAGGAAACAAAACCCUAUCCUAAUUCCCAAACUUCAAUCCUCAGUUUCUCAGAAAAAUGUCGAAAUUAAAUCACCAAGAAGACCUGGAUCUCCUUCUCUCUCUACCGGAUAGGGUUUUAGAAACCCCUCCAGCUUCUCCUUCAUCUCAGUUCCCAGAUUAUUUGUCGGAUGAUGGAUCGCCAAAGCGAUUGGGGGAGGCAGAUAUGUCUGUCUUUAGAGAUGCUGUUCAGGAUUGUCUUGAUUAUGAUACUGAAAUUGCCAAAAAAGCUGUCAAAUCAAAGCAUACCAAGGGGUCAAGUGAUCCUGAGGUUGAAAAGUUUUCAGGUUUGCGAAUUGGAAAUCAACUAGUUUCAGCUGUUGAACUGAGCAACCAUUUUGCUGAUAUUAGGUUCAUCCGGUUAUCAGCAAUAAGGAAUUCUCUAGCAGGCGACACCCUUUCUGGUUGUUGGGCAACUGUUGGCGUUUUAACUGAGAAGGGGCAACAAAGAACAAGUUCAACAGGGAAGAACUAUGCAAUCUGGAAAAUGGGAUCUUUGGAUGAAAAAACUAUUUCUCUUUUUCUUUUUGGUGAUGCUUAUCAGAAGAACUGCAAUGAAAAGGCUGGUGCAGUUUUUUCCCUAUUCAAUUGCAGUGUGCGCAAAGACAACUCGGAAAAUGGGUUUUCUCUGAGUGUUUAUUCAGCCAGUCACAUUUUAAAGAUAGGCACUUCUGUGGAUUAUGGAGUUUGCAAGGGAAAAAGGAAGGAUGGGAUGGCAUGCACAUUAGUCAUUAACAAGUAAGAUCUCUAAUUUUAUGUG